AGAAGUCUCUGGUUCGGGAAGUACUUUAACCACGAGUGCGCAUAUAUUUCAACUUAAAAGACUACUACGUACAGAGAGAAACAACGAAGAUGUGCUGUUCAAGACUACUUUUCUUCACCUGCCUAAUUCUGAUCUUGCAUCUGUUUGCUCCCACGUUAGCGCUAGAUACCAUCCACCUCUGCUCCGAUACGGGUAACUACGCCAGUAACAGUACAUACGGAGCAAAUCUCAACACCGUCCUGGCGUCUAUGUCUUCCAAUACCAAUAUCAGCUACGGGUUUUAUAAUUUAUCCGUCGGAGAAAAUUCCAACAAAGUAAACGCGAUUGCACUUUGUAGAGGAGACAUUGGGACAGACGAAUGCCGUAGUUGUGUAAAUGCGUCGAGUCAGGAGCUGUUGCAGAAAUGUCCCGACCAGAAGGAGGCGAUCAUAUGGUACCCGAAAUGUAUGGUGCGAUACUCAAACAGAUCUAUAUAUGGUGUUUUGGAAGCUGUCUACCCUGAAUAUACCUUCGAAAAACCACGAAACGCCUCAGAUGUAGAUGCGUUCACACGGGUUCUAGUACCCUUGUUAGAGAGGCUACAAAACCUCACCGCAGCAGGAAAUUCUACUCGCAAAUUUGCUGCGGGAAGAGCUGCCCAAGAUACCCAAACAAUAUAUGCACUUCUUAUGUGCACUCCUGAUUUGGAUGAACUCGAUUGCAAGAGCUGCCUGGAGCAGACUAGGGAAUGGGUAUUUCGACCAUGCUGUAAGGGAAAGCUGGGAGGGAGAUAUAUGUCACCCAGCUGUGAUUUAAGGUAUGAGACUUACCCUUUCUAUGACCUGAAAGCUGAGACACCACCGCCGUCGCUACUGCCGCCAACAGAAGGAAAGGAAAGUAAACCAUCUCGAACUACGAUAGUCAUAGUUGUAUUGACUAUUGGUUUUGCUUUGCUAAUCGUUUCCAACUUCGUUUUCUAUUUACGAGUAAGGAAGUCAAGGCAGAAAGUGAAAAGUGAAGCCAGGCAUGAAAUUAGUAGUGUUCAUGAAUCAUUUAUUAGAUAUGACUUUGGCACAAUCAGAGUUGCUACAGAGAACUUUUCUGAGGUAAAUAAGCUUGGAGAAGGUGGAUUCGGUGCUGUUUACAAGGGUAAGCUUCAAAAUGGACUAGAAAUAGCUGUGAAAAGGCUAUCUAUGGGUUCUAUACAAGGAAAUAUAGAGUUUGAGAAUGAGGUUCUAUUGCUAGCAAGGCUUCAACAUCGAAAUCUGUUGAGCAUCAUGGGAUUUUGUUUGGAAGGAAAUGAAAGGCUUCUUAUCUAUGAGUUUGUGCCUAAUGCAAGCCUUGAUCACUUCUUAUUUGACCCAAUCAAACAAGUCCAACUGAAUUGGGAAAAACGGCACAAAAUUAUAGAGGGUAUUGCUCGAGGGCUUCUUUAUCUUCAUGAAGAUUCCCGACACCGUAUUAUUCAUCGCGAUCUCAAAGCUAGCAACAUCUUGUUAGAUGCAUAUAUGAAUCCUAAAAUUUCAGAUUUUGGCACUGCAAGGUUGUUAGAUCGAACUGAAGGCAAUACAAUGAGAAUUAUUGGGACUUAG